AAACCCCACCUCCAGCGCCAGCAGAACAGCCAGCUCCACCCUCCCCACCCCAGCACUACCUGUCAGACCUGAGCCAGCAGUGAAUGUAAUCAAAGGAGUGCAGGGUGGUUCUGGAACGCCCACAAGCAGGACUUCCUCCUGGGAGCUGGGCUGCCUGGCCAUGCUCUGGGCGCUCUGGCCAAGGUGGCUGGCAGGCAAGGGGGUGCCCCUCCUGGGUUCAGUGCUGCUGCGGAAGAGAGAGAAGAGAGGACUUCAGUGGAGGCAGUGGCGGUGGGAGACCCACCCAUACUAUGACCUCCAGGUGAAGGUGCUGAGGGCCAGAAAUAUCCGGGGGGCAGACCUGUUGUCCAAAGCUGACUGCUACGUGCAACUGUGGCUGCCCACGGCGUCCCCUAGCCCUGCCCAGACGAGGGUGGUGGCCAACUGCAGUGACCCCGAGUGGAAUGAGACCUUCAACUACCGGAUCCACGGCGCUGUGAAGAACGUCCUGGAGCUCACCCUUUAUGACAAGGACGUCCUGGACAGCAACCAGCUCUCCUUGCUGCUGUUUGACCUGAGUAGCCUCCAGCCUGGUCAACCCUACAGACACACCUUUCCACUCAGCCAGGAUUCACAAGAGCUGCAGGUGGAAUUUGUUUUGAAGAACAGCCAGGUGCCCGCGUCUGAGGUCAUCACCAAUGGGGUCCUGGUGGCUCAGCCCUGCCUGAGAAUCCAGGGCACCCUCGGGGGACAUGGGACAGCCCCACAUCAAGAGUAUGGCUCCAGGCAGAUUCGGCUGGCGGUGCCCGGGGCCUAUGAGAAGCCACAGCUCUUGCCCCUGCGGCCUCCCGUGGAUUCAGGCCUCCCAGCAACGUCUACCUUCCACGUGAACCCAGUGCUCAGCUCCAGGCUGGAUGUGGAGCUGAGAGAGAAGCUCAUGGUCCUGCAGAGUGGCCCAAGUGCUGGGCUGGAGGCCCAGACCAGCCAGCUGGGCAAGGGGCGCAUCCUGCUGUCCUCUCUGGCCCUAGGCCGGGAACAGCAGCACUUGGUAGCCCUGGGCGAGGGCCAGGAGGUGGCUGUGAAUGUGAAGGCAGAAAUGAGCUCUGGGGACCUUGACCUGCGUCUUGGCUUUGACCUCUGUGAUGGGGAACAGGAGUUUCUGGACAAGAGGAAGCAGAUCGUGUCCAGGGCCCUACAGCAGGUGCUGGGAUUGAGCCAGGCUCCCGACAGCACCCAGGUGCCUGUGGUGGCUGUGCUGGGUUCAGGAGGUGGAACCAGAGCCAUGUCUUCCCUGUAUGGCAGCCUGGCAGGACUACAGGAGCUCGGCCUCCUGGACACUGUGACCUACCUGAGCGGGGUCUCUGGGUCCACCUGGUGCAUCUCCACACUCUAUAAGGACCCAGCCUGGUCCCAGGUGCCCUUGAAGGGCCCCACUGAAAGUGCCCAGGCUCGGGUCUGCAGCAGUAAGAUGGGGGCAAUAUCCACGGAGCGCCUACAGUAUUAUGCCCAGGAACUGGGAAUCCGGGAAAGCAGUGGCCAAAGCGUUUCACUCAUCGACCUCUGGGGCCUUCUCAUUGAAUAUUUCUUGUACCAGGAGGAAAAUCCUGCCAAGCUGUCUGACCAGCAGGAGGCGAUCAGCCAGGGCCAGAACCCUUAUCCCAUCUAUGCCAGCAUCAACGUCCGCACCAACGUCAGUGGGGAAGACUUUGCAGAGUGGUGCGAGUUCACCCCCUAUGAGGUCGGCUUCCCCAAGUAUGGUGCUUACGUUCCCACUGAGCUCUUUGGCUCAGAGUUCUUCAUGGGGCGACUGCUGCAGCACUGGCCGGAGCCCCGGAUCUGCUACCUGCAGGGUAUGUGGGGCAGCGCCUUUGCCACCAGCCUAGAUGAGAUCUUCCUGAAGACUGCUGGCUGGGGCUUCGGCUUCCUCAACUGGCACAGAGGCAGCAUAAACAUCACAGACGACUGCCAGAAUCUCCAGCUACACGACCCCGCGCGGCUGCGAACAAGGCUCUUCACCCCCCUGGGGCCCUUCUCCCAGGCUGUGCUGGACAUAUUCACCUCCCGCUUUACCUCCGCCAAGAACUUGAACUUUACCCGGGGCCUCUGCAUGCACAAGGACUAUGUGGCUGGCAGGGAGUUCGUGGCCUGGAAAGACACGCACCUGGACGCCUUGCCCAACCAGCUCACUCCCAUGAGGGACUACCUGUACCUGGUGGAUGCAGGCUUUGCCAUCAACUCUCCGUUCCCACUGAGCCUGCUGCCACAGAGAGCCGUGGACCUCGUUCUGUCCUUCGACUGCUCCCUGGAUGCCCCCUUUGAGGUCUUGCAGAUGACAGAGAAAUACUGCUUGGACCGCGGCAUCUCCUUCCCCAGGAUUGAGGUGCUCCCUGAGGACUUGAAGGAACCCCGCGAGUGCUACCUGUUCGCUGAGGCCGAGGACCCGCGCUCACCCAUCGUGCUGCACUUCCCGCUGGUCAACCGGACUUUCCGCACACACCUGGCCCCAGGUGUGGAGCGACAA